AUGGCAACUAUUGGCCUCGAUAUGCUGAUCGACCCUCCCUCACCAGACGGCCCUGAGCCUGGUGAGGCGCUCUAUCUUUUAGAGCCCUCGACCAUAGGCGAAACGGCUCCCCACGAGGGUCCUUCCGAUUCACAGGCAUCUCCGCGAUCGAACCCGCCUCCCCCAAAUCCACCGUUCGUCUUCCCGGCACGACCAUCCUCUUCUUCGGGGCCGACUCCGGUUCCUCGGGCGGCCGGUAGACGCCCACGAUCUGCGAUUGAACCCCGUAGCGCGGUAGCGAAAGCGAGUGUUGAGGAUGAGAAAUCGGUUCCGCGAUCGCCAGCUUUGCCCGCCUUUUCGUUCAACCCUGGCGCCUCCCUACCUUCACCACCGGGACUGGAAAACAUGUUCCUGAGCCCCCCGCAGUCUCCCUCCGCGCCCAACUCCCCUCUGUUGACUGCGACCCGGCCUGCUGGCCAUAGACACCGCAGAGGCGGGAGCGAGUUUGUUGGUGGGAGCAUCCGGGAUGGUGAGGCCAUAACCGUUUUGAAUACCAGCCCAACCAAGUCGGAUAGCGGUAUGGCUUCGCCCAUGCUUCAGCCUACUAGGCCCCGCAGAGGCCAUGCCCAUCGCCGGUCUGCUGCCAUCUCCAGCCAUGAUCUGUCUUCAAUCAUCGCACCACCGCCAAACCCGAGCGUGAAGGAGAACAGUGUCCCGGCGAGUCCCGCCCCCACCGAACGACCAGCGGUUCAGAGCCUUCAUGUUUCCCAGAAACCUACCGAAGUUGCGAAGGCGGUGCCCGUUCCUGUUCCAGAACCCAUUGCAAUCGGACUCGACAACCCAUCGCCGCCUCCCACGGAACUUGAGCACACUCCCAAGGCUCUGCCGCGAAACAGGGUUGGGUUUUCUGAUACCUUGGAGUACAUCCCAAGACCGCUCUCGCUAGUGUCGACAGAUACAUCCAGCACGGUUACAGCGAGGCCCGGGCAUUCUCUUUCGGGGAGCAUCUCCUCCGUAAUCUCCAUCACAAAUGCAGAUCGCGAAACGGGCCCAUUUCCAGCUUCGGCUCCCGGUCAGAAGCUCUGCGAGAGUCGGCCUAGUACAGCAGGGGCUGUCAUGGAGCGGACUCAGAGCGCUCAGGAGCAGGAUCCAGCUCUUCGUUCUCCGAGAAGACGGGGUUCAAUUCCUCUUUUGGGCUCGCUUCCCCCUUCCAUCCCCGUCACGCCAGCUACUCCGAGCCCGACAAGAUCUACCAAGAAGUGGUCAUUUUUUAGAGUCGACCCUUUCGUCACGGGCUCACCAACACGAGCCCAGCCAGAUAGUCCUCGCUCUACAAUUUCGCAUUUGAGCAUGGCUGAACCCAGCUCCGCGGAACGCGUUACCGAAGAUGUGCCGCCUGGAUUUGCAGAAUGCCCAGAUACUCCGAAACCCCUGAGCAAGAAGAGGAGCAAAAAGAAGAAGAAGGUCAAGACUUGGGCAGGAUCGAUUUUGUCCCGCAAAGGCAAGCACCGAUCUGGCAAGCAGAAGCGCAGGGCGCCGACUCCACCUCCGCCGCGUCCUCUUGAGGCGAUGGACAAUAUGGAAGACGGCGAGUUGCACAUGUCACUAGAGCCGGAGCCUUCCAGCCUCCCGGCAUCUGAGAAUGGGGACUGGGAAACGUGGACCUUCCCAAAGCCGACCCAAGACGAGGACACGUCGUACCAGAUGAUCGACCUGGACGCGGCUCUGGGCCCUUUCAACACCCCCUUGCCACGCAAUUUGGAAUGGGAAGCUGCACAAAAAGCAGGAGGACUCACCAAGAAGCAGCUACACAGCGCUGCAGGCAUGAGCCGGUUUACUGGACCCGGGAUGCACUAUUACCAUAGGCGGGCUGAAAGCGCACCAGAACUGGUGCCGUUCGAAGGUGGCCGCUUUGGAUUUCGGCGGUUCGGAAGCAGCUCCACAAUGGCUGACGUGUUUGAGGAGGACGAGGAAGAGGAGGAAGAAGAUUCGUGCGACUCCUCCACUGGAGCAUCGACACCCGCUGCCGGAACCUCAAUUGCUGAGAAGCCGGAAGACGUGGUACAGCCUGAGGAGCCGUUGCAACCCGUCCAGCAAACCUUGGCUAAACCAGACAACGUUGCGUCGCCUUCAGUUGAAGGCAACACUGGGCUGAGUCAUCAGAUCGAUGAUGCGUCGAAGUCGGAAAAGUCGGCGACGAACCCGCUCCCCAGCAUGAGCCGCGAUGAGGUGGUACUCAUUGAACCUCCUCAGUAUUUGCCCGAUUUUCCGGAAUCGCCUGGCGACAAUGCCAAUUCCGGUUCCGCAACCCCUUCUCCACGCCAUGUUUUCCGGCCUAAAGAUCUGGCUCCUGUCGAGGUCAGCCCUCUUGACCUUCCCGCAACGUCGCUGGGUCCUGUCAGCCCGUGGUCCAUGACCCAAUCCUCCGCGUUCCCCUCUCCAAGAUCGCCCAUGUCUUACGAUGCACAAUGCAUCUCAACAGCGCCAUCAUCGGUUACGGAGGAUAACUUUCAUUCGUUGCUCAUGGGCGAACCUGGCCCGGAAGUCCGGAUAUCCGUUGAUGAUAUUCCGUCUCUGACGUCCAGCAACUCGACCAUGACAAGGGACAGCCUCUUUGCGCAACACCCGCAGGCAAGGCAUCCGCCGUUGAACGAACAACCGAGACCCGCGUCCUUCACCUCGACUGCUUUCGGUCGGCGGCGUUCAAGUCUGGCGAGCCUUAGCCGCCUCAUCAACAGCUCACAUGGGGAACGAAGCAAGUUAUCAAUCGAAGUCCCGAUGGAUAGCGAGCCGGAGAAGAAGGCUAAAAGCAGCAAGACCAAACGACUAAGCCGAAUGAUGCAAUUCUGGAAGUCAAAAGAUGGCAACACAGCCUGA